CUCUCUGCUCUCAUUCGCCCACAUUUGCUCCCUCUCUGCCAGGCACCACACAGGCUUGCAGGAUGUCGAUAAUAAACAUCGUUGCCCGGGAAAUCUUGGACUCAAGGGGAAACCCAACUGUGGAAGUAGAUCUGCAAACUGCCAAAGGUCUGUUCAGGGCGGCCGUGCCCAGCGGAGCCUCCACCGGCAUCUAUGAGGCUCUGGAGCUCAGGGACGGAGACAAGACCCGCUACAAGGGCAAAGGCGUCCUGAAGGCGGUUGGUCACAUCAAUGACACCAUUGCACCAAAGCUCGUUGAGUCGGCAAUCAGCGUGGUGGAGCAGGAGAAACUGGACAAUCUGAUGAUUGAGAUGGAUGGCACUGAGAACAAAUCCAAGUUUGGGGCCAAUGCUAUUCUUGGUGUCUCCCUGGCCAUAUGCAAAGCUGGUGCAGCAGAGAAAGGCGUCCCCCUGUACCGCCAUAUUGCUGACUUGGCAGGAAACACAGAGCUGGUCCUACCAGUUCCUGCUUUUAAUGUGAUCAACGGAGGCUCCCAUGCCGGUAACAAGCUUGCCAUGCAGGAGUUCAUGGUCCUCCCAGUAGGGGCAGAGUCCUUCCGGGAUGCCCUGCGGGUGGGGGCCGAGCUCUACCAGACCCUGCGGGGGGUCAUCAAGGAGAAGUAUGGACAGGAUGCCACCAACGUGGGCGAUGAGGGGGGAUUCGCCCCCAACAUCCUGGAGAAUUCUGAAGCCCUGGAGCUGUUGAAGACGGCUAUCGAGAAGGCCGGCUUCACCGACAAGGUGGUGAUCGGCAUGGAUGUGGCCGCGUCCGAGUUCUUCAUCGAGGGCAAGUACGACCUGGACUUCAAGUCUCCCCCCAACGCCGCGCGCCACAUCAGCGGGCAGGAGCUGGCCGACAUCUACCAGGGCUUUGUCAACAACUACCCAGUGGUUUCUAUUGAGGACCCUUUUGACCAGGAUGACUGGCCUGCCUGGAGCCAGUUCACUGCCUCUGUAGGAAUACAGGUGGUAGGGGACGACUUGACGGUCACCAACCCCCGCAGGAUCGAGCGAGCCCUGGAGGAGAAGGCCUGCAACUGCCUGCUGCUCAAAGUCAACCAGAUCGGCUCCGUCACCGAGUCCAUCAAGGCGUGUAAGCUGGCCCAGGAGAAUGGCUGGGGCGUCAUGGUCAGCCAUCGAUCAGGAGAGACCGAGGACACCUUCAUAGCAGACCUGGUGGUGGGCCUCUGCACUGGCCAGAUCAAGACCGGAGCUCCUUGUCGAUCCGAGCGUCUGGCCAAAUACAAUCAGCUCAUGAGGAUUGAAGAGGAGCUGGGAGACCAAGCACGCUUUGCUGGACACAACUUCCGCAACCCCAGUGCCAUUUAAGGCACUCACACACAUACACAGACACACACGCCCAUGUGCUUGCGCACACACACACAUGCACUACACACAGCACACUCACUGGACAGUCAUGCAAAAUUUGAAGUCCAUUCAUGGGGAAAUGCUCCACGUUUAAUUCGACACAGUCAAAUUAAUUCAGCGUCAUUAGUUGUUGAGCCAUGCAAUGUAGUUAUAUUGAUCUUGAGCUUUGAUUGGCUGGCAAGACCCGGAAGGGCCUGGUGGUGUAUUCUCUGUUACUCGAUCUGAUAAUGUCACCAUGGUUAUUCAUGUCUCCUCCUCACUGUGGUGCUUUUUGGUCACUCUGUAGUUCUCCUGCGACUCUGUGCCAACGUAUUUACAUUUUCGUGUCCCUUUUCUUUGGCUUUCUCCUUAGCCUUUGCUUAUGAAAACACUUAGCGACUAGCAGAAAGCGAAUUAUGUGUGUGACGUGUGUGUCUUGUGAAUAAUAAAGGCACCCUCCCCGUGUAUUUACUCUG